AUGACGCGAUUGUUAUCCCAUGGCUUUUUAAGAACUAGCAUGAUAUUUAGAACAUUGAAAGGGGGUUUAAAGAUACCAAAAUAUCAAAAUACAUACCGAUUAGAAUCUUUCGUUCCAUUAAAAAUAGAAGUGGUCGAUAAAAUAUUGAAGGACGUAAUGUCUUCCUCCUUGCAAGAUAUGAGAUAUAAUCCUAUCGUAUGUCUUCAGAUUUGUAAGGAUAUGUCAGCGAAAGUGCGCGAUAAAAUAUUUAAAAAAUCCUACGAUCGUUAUAAAUAUUCAGUGGUCAUGACGAUAAUACAAAAACUCGGACAACAUGUGGAAAUCAAUAUGGCGUGUUUAUGGGAUUUAGAAAGAGACAAUUAUUCUACGUACGUUUUAGAAACUACCGAAUUUAUUGCUCUCGGUUUGGUAAUUGUCACUUAUUACGAAUAAACCGAGUAAAGGAUGCGAUCGUUUUAUCUUUUUACUUUGAUCUAUGAAGAUGAAUCCUUCGUAUUAUUUCGUUUCGUUUCUAUCGACGACUUUGAAAAAAUGUCCUUGGAACAUUCUUAAAAAUCAUUUGAAAAAAAGCAAGAUUUUUCGGUAAAAAAGAACAAAAAAAGUCGAUCUCAUAUUUUGUUACGUAAUGGUUUCGCGAUAUACAAUUAUUCUCGAUUAUUGUU